AUGGCCGCCCAACGCGAAUACGGCGACUCCAAGAUUCCCCCAUCCAAACCAUCCCUCUCCACCACCGAUCCCACCGGAACCCGCCUCACCACCGGCGGUGACGCUCUCAACGUCCACGGCACCCACGCUUCCGCUGGCGCCACUUCCAGCCUGUCUACUGACCCAUCUGCCCCUUCCACCACGUCCACAGGCACCAUGAGCGAAACUACCCGGAUGGCUGGAUCCGGGCAGGCGGGAGAGGGAGUAGGUGGAAUUCAGAGAUCUGAAGGGGGACGGGCAGCAGGGUCGAGUACGGGACCGAUGGGUGCGGCGCCACCUAUGAGCGCAGGGAGUCACGGGGAGAGGACAGCAGCGAUGCCAGAGAGGGAAGGUGGUGUGAAAGGCUUCAUGGCCGGGGUGCAUGGGGCAGGUGAGCAGAUUCGUGGUAAGGCAGGGGAGGUGGUUGAUCGAAUGGCACAUGAUGAAGAAGGUAUAGCAAAGGACCGGGAGAUUCAGAUGCAGGGAAGGGAGGAAAUGGAGACAGGCAGGUUUAGCCAGGCGACAAAGGAGAGGGAAUGGGGGAACCAGGAAACCGGGAGGAAGAAAGUUUGA